GGCGGGAGGGGGAGAGUUAGGAUUGUCCAUAAAAUGCUAUUUCCCUUGCCUAAAUUGCUCCGAUUUGGACAUUGCCUUCUCCUUCCUCGGUUUCCUCCAAUACAGUGUAUGCCUCUUGGGGUAGAGACCCAUCCUGAAAUACUUUGGAAAGCACCAUUCCCUGUGAAUGUGCUAUACAGUAUAAACAAACUAAGUGGUUAUUAUCAUUGGUAUGAUUUAUAUCUGGAAAAGGGCAUAUUUAUCUCAUGCUCUGCGGAAUGUGAUGUUUUCUGGCUUUGCAUUAUCUCUCGAUGAGAUCAAACCUUUUAUCUUGGCAACAGAGCCAGCUAUCUCAUCUUUACCUGCAGCAUGAAACAGAUGACCUUGUUUGCUGUAAAAAUGUCCACUCUUCUGGUUCCGAUUAGCUCUGUAGACUAGGGUCAUGCACAGGAGCUGAGCAGGACUGCACUCCCACAGUCACAGGGAAGUGGAGCUAUGGUAGUUCAGCACAUGAUUGGAGCCUAGAAAACCAACUUUUUGUGUGAUUUGAGACUCCACAUGGGAAGUCUUUAAGCAGCGAAUACUCAAAGUACCCUGCAACUCACUACCUGAAAUAUACUCCCUUGGGUGCCAUUCCUCCUCCCUGCAAAUUUAUCAGAGUUAUUCUGGAAUAUCCACAAAUAAGACAUAACCUGUACAGGUAAUGGACUCAAAACAUUCUGAUUCUCUCUUCCCUCUCCUUUUGUAUGAGGCUCAGCAUUACCCUGAAGCUAAAACUUGACAUGUGAUUGCAAGUGAAGAAUUCCCAAUCCAGUGUUUUGUUUUUAAGGUGCAACAAAGGGACCAUUGGUGAGGCAGGUUUCCUCUAGUCAACCUGAAAGCCCAACCUUGAAGAUUUGGGUUAAACAGCCACUGACUGCCAUUUCUCCCCCAGAAAAGCACCCUACCCCUUCAUUUUUAUUUCUGUUUGCUACUGAAUGUCUAGUGGAGCCCUGAAGCCUGCUUCACAAAUAUUUAAGAUGUGCACAUAAAAAAGAACAUGUGUGUAUGUGAUGAGCACAUAGCUGGGAAACCAACCAGAUGGGCAGGAUGUAAAUAAUAAAAUUAAUUAUUAAUCAAUCAAUCAAUUAAAUUAAUUAUUAUUGCCAUAAAUACAUUGCUGUUUGCCCGCAUUCACUUAACAAGAAACCUAUAAUUGCUAGUGCCUAAUCUGUAAGGAGCAUUCUGAAGGAAAUCAGCCCUGACUGCUCACUGGAAGGACAGAUCCUGAAGCUGAGGCUCCCAAUACUUUGGCCACCUCAUGAGAAGAGAAGACUCUCUACAAAAGACCUUGAUAUUGGGAAAGAUUGAGGGCAAACGGAGAAGGGGACGACAGAAAACGAGAUGGUUGGACACUGUUCUCAAAGCCACCGACAUGAGUUUGACCAAACUGCAGGAGGCAGUGGAAGACAGGAGUGCCUGCCGUGCUCUGGUCCAUGGGGUCACGAAGAGUCAGACACGACUAAACGACUAAAGAACAACAAUGUAAGGAGCAGCCCUGCUAGACUUGUAAGAGGUAGACUGCUAUUGACUGCUGGUGGGCAUGUCCUUUCCAGCACGCCCUUGAGCAGUUCUUGAAGGGUUGCUAUAAUGCAUGUCCCCAGGCAUCCAUGGUAACCCUUAUCCUCUCUGCUCUGUCCUGCAGCACUUGCUUCCUUUCUCCACCCUUCAUCAAAGUAACUUCCCUUUCAGCUUGACCUCUGCACACAGAAAUGACAUGCCAGCAGUUUUGCUGUGUCACUCUAUAUUGCACUGGGCAUAAGCAGAGCUCUUCUGAUUCAGGCUAAAACUCCCAUCUUGUCCAGCGUCUUGCUUCUUACAAAGCCCGCAAGCAGGGCUCCGGUUGCCGCUCCCCAGCAAUGUGUCAUGUGCCAUAGAAGCACAUGUUACUUACAGGACCUCAUGCUCCAUUGUGAACUCCUGUGAUGCUCUUCUGACUUCCUGAGGUGCCCUAUUUUUUAAUUGAAAACCCUAUCCCCAUACUAAUAACUUAGUGACUACGUGAAUUUUAGAGCAUUGUGGGAAACAAUGGGAAUUGGCAAGAACACUACGUCUAAGUCAGUUGAAACUGGAAGUCCAACAGAGGGCAAAUAUGAGGAUGAAUCCAAGCAUCCUGCUUUCUUCACACUACCAGUUGUAAUGAAUGGUGGAGCUACAUCAAGUGGUGAUCAAGAUACGGAAGAUACAGAGCUAAUGGCAAUCUAUACAACUGAAAAUGGAAUUGCCGAAAAGAGUGCGCUGGCGGAGACACGAGAUUGCAGCGGAAGCUUGGACGCCCAAAGAACGGACAUGAUAUACACAAUUGAAGAUGUUCCUCCCUGGUACCUCUGCAUAUUCUUGGGAUUACAGCAUUACCUGACGUGUUUCAGUGGCACUAUAGCAGUGCCCUUCUUGCUAGCAGAUGCCAUGUGUGUUGGAUUUGACCAGUGGGCUACUAGCCAGCUGAUUGGGACCAUAUUCUUCUGUGUUGGAAUCACAACGUUGCUGCAAACAACGUUUGGGUGCAGGUUACCUUUGUUCCAAGCCAGUGCUUUUGCAUUCUUGGCUCCUGCCAGAGCUAUUCUCUCUUUGGACAAAUGGAGAUGCAACAACACAGCUAUAAUGAUUACCAAUGGAACAACAGAACUGCUGCAUACGGAACAUAUCUGGUACCCUAGGAUACGAGAGAUCCAAGGUGCUAUUAUUAUGUCAUCUUUGAUAGAAGUGGUGAUUGGGUUCCUGGGCCUGCCAGGAGCGCUCCUGAAAUAUAUUGGACCUCUGACGAUUACACCAACUGUAGCUCUCAUUGGGCUUUCUGGCUUCCAGGCUGCUGGAGAAAGAGCAGGCAAACACUGGGGCAUAGCCAUGCUGACUAUUUUCCUAGUGCUAUUGUUUUCUCAGUAUGCCCGAAAUGUCAAGCUCCCAUUACCCAUCUAUAAAUCAAAAAAAGGAUGGACUGCAUACCGGUUACAGCUUUUUAAGAUGUUUCCUAUCAUUCUAGCCAUUCUGGUAUCCUGGUUGCUGUGCUUCAUCUUCACGGUGACAGAUGUGUUUCCACCUGAUAGUACAAAGUACGGAUUCUAUGCACGCACAGAUGCUAGGCAAGGAGUGCUUUUGGUAGCUCCAUGGUUCAAGGUUCCUUAUCCAUUUCAGUGGGGAUUACCUACAAUAUCAGCUGCAGGUGUGAUAGGAAUGCUCAGUGCCGUGGUUGCGAGCAUCAUUGAAUCAAUUGGCGAUUAUUAUGCCUGCGCGAGGUUAUCUUGUGCUCCUCCACCACCAAUCCAUGCAAUAAACAGGGGCAUUUUCAUAGAAGGCCUUUCCUGUGUAUUAGAUGGAGUGUUUGGCACUGGGAAUGGAUCUACUUCCUCUAGCCCCAACAUCGGAGUCUUGGGGAUUACGAAGGUUGGAAGUCGGCGAGUGAUUCAGUACGGGGCAGCGUUCAUGUUGCUGCUUGGAAUGGUUGGCAAGUUCAGCGCCCUCUUUGCAUCCCUCCCUGACCCAGUGCUUGGCGCUCUCUUCUGCACUCUCUUUGGGAUGAUUACUGCAGUCGGACUGUCUAACCUGCAGUUCAUAGAUUUAAACUCUUCUCGGAACCUUUUUGUGCUUGGAUUUUCUAUGUUCUUUGGACUGGUCCUUCCAAGUUACCUCCGACAAAAUCCACUUGUCACAGGAAUAGCCAGCAUUGAUCAAGUGUUAAAUGUUCUUCUCACAACAGCCAUGUUUGUUGGGGGUUGUGUAGCAUUUAUUUUAGACAACACCAUUCCAGGAAGCCCCGAAGAAAGAGGAAUCCAGAAAUGGAAGAAAGGAGUGUGCAAAGGCAGCAAAUCCAUUGAUGGCAUGGAAACUUAUGACUUGCCUAUUGGCAUGGAAUUUGUGAGGAAGUACAAAUGCUUCCGCUUUUUACCCAUCAGCCCCACCUUCAUGGGCUACACAUGGAAAGGCUUCAGGCAAAGCAGUGGCUGCCAGGGCACAGAAGAGGAGGACUCUGAGGCCACUGUAUAGCCCCUGCUGCUGCAGCCCCUGUCGUCUAGCUGUAGUGACAGACACCUCUGCAGUUCCUUGCUGACCCUUGUUUUGUUUUAUGUUUUUUGUAUUUCUGCAUUUUGAAUUCUGGAACCAGAGCCGAAACAGAUUAUAAAAAAAUAGCUUUCCUAUUGUGGACAGUGAUAGCUAUCUAUAACGUCUCUCUAUAAUUACAUUGUUCUUUUUGUUCUGUUCUUAAGAAGUACUGUUAGAAUUGCUUUUCCUGAUUUUGGUGGGGCAACUACUGUUUCUGUUGAAUGUUUAAUCCAGAUCCAAAAUUGGUAAAUAUUGUAAACACAGUGUUCAAGCAGGCUGUGUCUUUCCCAUUUUAUAGCUGAUACAUUCCAUUUUUUUUAUUUAACUCUCAUAAGCCCCCAGUCAUUUGUUGCCAUUAUCCUGGCAAAUUAUACCAAAGUGUUCCAUACUAGACAGUGCUUUCAAAGCUUCCCAGCAUUGUGUAUUGGAUGUGCCAACAAGUGGUGCCUUUGCACGAGUUUCUGUUCCUAAGAAAGUGACAUGGCUCUGGGGUGCUCAAUGAGUCCUAGCUGAGCAUCUUUUGUGGACAGGCUUUACUGGGGCUUUGCCUCUGGCUGUCGUCAAAUUGCACAUCCCUGAACCUGACAGAUUGCCUAAGCAGCUCACUGUCUUGCAUCCCUGCGGGCCAGUCUUUUUAAAGAGAUAUUUAUUUAGCACCCAAAUGCACUACUUCUCAAUGGAGAACCGAACUAUCCAGUUGUCUCUGGAUUUGUACUGACCUGCUUCAUGCAGUUCUGCCUGUCCCAGAAACAUCUGUCAGUUAAUGUUGCCUUCUUGUUUUCCUUCCUUUCUGAGCUUUACAUGGGACCUGCUUUUAAAACAAGAGAGACCGUGUGUGCAUCACUGUCCACUGGGUGGUUUAACGGGUAUCGGGGGCCCACUGUGGGUGCCAUUCAGACUCUUGAUUUUUUCUUCUUCUACUAGUCUUGGCUCUGACAUUACAUAGCUGUUAAUGCUCAUCAUGCAUUUAUAAUUGUAAAAAAAUUAUCCCUGUGUAAUGUUCUUACUGUUGCAGAUUAGUUUUUAGACAUCAGCAUUUUGUUCCUUUCUUAUUGUCGCCCCCCGAUGUGGCCCAAAAGGCAUUUUUGAAGCUGUGGAAAGAUUUGUUAAGAGAUUUGUUAGAGAGGCAUUAGGGUAAGUCUUCUCUCAAAGCCUGUACUCUCAAAGUCAGUGUGAUCUAAGGUGCUCCUGAUUUGUAUCUCUCUCUCUCUCUCUCUCUCUCUCUCUCUCUCUCUCUCUCUCUCUCUCUCUCUCUCUCUCUCUCUCUCUCUCUCGUUCCCAAAGCAAGUACUGUACAUUUGUUGUCAGUUUCUCAAGCAUGAGAGACACUCUUGUUGAUUACUGAGGCUAUUAGGGUUUGGGAAAGGUGUAAGGAGCUUCGAUGUAUCAGUAUUGAAUGGUGGGGAAGGGAAGGGAAUCAGCAGGUGGUGGGUGUUUCCUACCAUUUCAGUGACAUUUUCAUUGUAUAGCUUUUCACACCAGGGUUAUUUCCCCUCCUCUCUGAUCUUUCCUCAGAGACCUUGCAGGAGUUUGCUGUCUUGGAUUCAAACCAGGUAUCAUGAAAACCAGCCCAAAAAGUAGUUGCUUUAAAAAAAAAUUUAAAGGUUACAUUGGGGCUGUUGCAUGAGCUCCAGAAACUAAGGCCACAAUCCUGUGCAUACUCACCUAGGAUUAAGCUCCAUUGGGCACAGUGGGACUUACUUCUGAGUAAAAGCACAGGCGCAGCAUGUUUGCUUUCCACCUUUAUUUUAUGAGCAACCAAAGAAAAGGUGGGUGGAAAGGAACUGCCCUCCCAUAGGUGGCUUAUAAUAAUGCAAAAUGCCAAAGCCAAGAUUUUCUGCGCACAUUAGAGCGGCCUUUGCCAACUUGGCGCCCUCCAGAUAUUUUGUGCUACAAUCCCCUUCCAUCCCAGCCAGCCUGGCCAUAUGGGAAUUGCAGUCCAAAAUCUAGAGGACACCAGGUUGUCAAAGGCUGCAUUAGGGAGGCAAAUGUUGUAUAUUCGUAACAUUGGCAGAAUUUAGUAUAUCCUUGUUUGGGUCAUUUUUUGUUUGCUAAGGUGCCAGUUGUUUGUUUAUAGCAGAACUGAAGAUGUCACUGAAUGUGAUGCACUGCUGUGAUAACACACUUCCACAACUUCCCCAUUUGCUUCAGUAAAGGAGUAGAUCUCAAUAGAUUGGCCCCAGCACAGUAAAUAAGAAAUGUGGGCUGUUACAUGUGCCCUGCCACCAGCUGUGUGGCUACAGCUAUCUUGAGUAGCUUUCAUAGUCUGCUAACAACUGCAAGGUAAGCACCCAACUUCUUCAGUAGCCGCUCAACUAUGUUUAAUGCUAAACUUCUCUUCGAGGGACAUGCAGCUAAGAGCUAGUCCAUACAUCACACAAAAGCCAGGGGAAAAGGCAUCCAAGUGACCCACCCUUCUCAUCUCACUUCUGAGUUUUUAAAAUGGAGUUUUACUGCCCGCCUGGGAUGUAGAGCUAUGGAAUGAAACGUUUCCAGAGUCUUGCAGUGUUUACAAGUGCAGUCUGCUUUACUCUGCCCACCCCACCCCACCCCCAAUAUAUAUACACUGAGAGAGAUGAGGCAGGUUCACUUUGCAGGGCAAAGUGGUUAAAGCGAAGGCCGUGGCGGAUUUUCUCUUGCAGAAGCAACCACAAGAGGGCAUUGCAAUUGCUUCUGCUUUCAGAAAAGAUUUUUGACAGCCUGGAUGUGGAGCAGGUGCUUUUGCAGUUGUGGCAAGAAUACUUUGUUGUUUUGAGAAGAAAACAUGCUUUUAACUUUGGAGAGAAGUUUGAGAGUCCAAGAUAGGAAAGUGUCGUGAGAUAGCCGGUCUUGGGUAGCAUUAAGAGUAGGAGAUGGGAGUCAAGCACCAUUAAAGCAAAAGAGCACAGCAAUGUUCUUUCACGGCUCCCAUUAAUUUCAGUGAUGUUGGACACAUGAAUUUCUGGUAGAUGGCACCCCGUGUUAAUAAGUGGGAAGAACCAUAAUCUGCACCUUGUCCACCUCUGGGACCAAAAUGGCUUAGGACUGUAUUCAUAAGAGAGAGAAACUCAUUUUUCUGGAUAACCUCCAAGGCCUGUGAAUUUCAAUUAAGGUAUUUGAAGUACCUUUUCUUAACUUUUCAAAGUAGUGUAUGAACUUCAGCUACCAGGCAUUAGGCUUCAACAGCAUAUAUGCUGUGUUUGGAGUUGAUCCCAAACGGUUAGCUCCUUACAAGUAUCCUAGCUGGAAGGAAGUCAGAACAAGGUUGUGAUGCUUUGAAUUGUGUGUUUAUUGUAGCCUCCUAUCUUUCUGCUAUUAAACAAUGCUGCCCAGACAGAUCACCUUAUGAGAGAGGUUGGGGGAAAUCACUGACAAAUUUCAGUUAAAAGAAAUAAAUAUUCAUGACUAAACCAUCACUGUCAUGUCAAAGAUCUAUAAAAAUAUUGAAAGCAAAACAAUUUCUGAGCUUUUGUAUUUAAAAUAAAAACCUAUGUUAUUUUUUUUUAAUUAAGUACUCUGGCUAAGAUUUAUGAAUGUCUCUUGUAAAAUUAUGCCUCUUGAAUUUAUAUUUAAUGGUUAAUUUUAUCUGUGAUUGAAAAAAAGUAUUAAUCAGAAUAAGAUGCAUCAGGGAAGGAGUUUUUAAAUUUACACGUCGAUUUGUCUUAACAUCCUUUAAUACUAACUUUCAAUAUGGCAACUUUGUACAUGAAUAUUGCAGUAUUCUAUUUCCAUAGACUUAAAAAAACAACACACCCAACAAGUAACAUUUCCACCCAGGAUAAUAAUUGUCAUAGGUUUCCUGGGCGGGAGUGAUAUGAUUGUCAUGACAAUGUCAUGUGAUAGAAUUUCUUCAUUGACGAAUUGCUAGUGAUUGUUUAUACUUUAUUUACCCAUGCUUAUGUCCUUUAAGUAAAAACAGAGAGAAGUUAUUGAUCACCUCUCUCUCGAAAACAUUGGUACUGGUAACAGCAUUGCUUGUGCACUAGCAAUGGAACAAGUUGAGCCCAGAGCAGGUCCAACCCUGAUACAAGAUGCAUGGCCAUCUCACAGAGUAGCUGUUGAUUCUGACUACUUUUCAGGGGGUGACACUGUGGGUGGCAUCCACACUCUGGCCCCCGGGGGAACAAUCCACAGGGACAUUCUCCUACUUCCAUGAGGCUUGUGAAGGAGAACCUUGCUGCAUUAAUUAUUGUGUGUAUGUUUGGAGUGGGGAGGUGAGAAUGCCUUUUGAAUUUUCUGCCUCAAACACUAAAAUGUCUCUGGCCAGCUCAGGUUGAGAAUUAGAAAGAGAUGCUAAUCAGAUGCAAAGAUUAAGCAAUCAGACCAAAACAUGUCAACCUCUCACCGACGGCACAACUAGGCUCUAGGCUUCUAUCAACUAUGAAGUGCCAAAUGCUGAUGGCAUGCAUAACUUCAGGCUUCUUCCCAUGUUAUGGUUAAGGACAAGGAGCAUCCUUAGAGCCACUCACCCUCUCUGUUUUUUCACCUUGGUGCCUCCUUGCUUUCAGCCCAAUCCCAGCCAUGAACUCUGCAGGUAGGGUUCCUAAAUGAUUCCUGUAGGAGUCGAUGGGAGGAAUUGGGGAGAGCCUAUUGGUCAAGAGCUGAUGGUUUAAAGCCAUUGGCUAGCCUGAGCCUACUUCACUGGCUGAAGUAUGUUUUCCACAUAUACUGUAUCAAGGUGCUCCAAGGAUGCAGCUGCUGAAGGCCCCUCCUCUCUAUUUGGCUGCUUUUGCAUCCCUGGAAGAAGAAUAACCCAGCCUAGUGAAGGUGCUUGUGGGAAGGCAUAUGAUAAGGCUGCUUGCACACACUUGGGGUUUCAAUAGGCCCAAAUUCAAAACGGGCCAUCUGGUUCUCGA